CUGAGGGUGUAGGUUAAGGGGCAGUAUGGUCAUUUGGUUUGAUUUUGGGAGGUCCAUAAGAUGGACUUGGAUGUAAAUAGUGUGGCAAUGUAAUUAGGGGCAAUCUGAUCAUUCCCAAAAACGAGGGGUGGUGAAUUUGAACAGUUGAUACGCGUAUUUCGCUUUACAUUUUAUCUAUUACGGUAGCAUAAAUAUUGAAAGUGGAGACCUUGGGAUUCAUAAGAUUGCCUUCGGUUAUAUAUCAAAUGUUUUUUAUAUUAAUAAAAAAUAUAAUUGAAUUUGGAUCAAAUAAAUAAAUUCAUUUUGUAAACACCCAUCCUAUACAUUUUUUUGUACUUAAACAAUUCAAUUCAAAUUAUUUUAUAACAUGGAAAAGUUAGCCAAUUCAACCACUUCUUAUGAAGCAAUUUAUUUAUUUACGUAAGUUUACUGAUAUAUUUAUAUUAAAUCAGGACUGGGAACGUUUAAUUGUAAUUUAAAUUUUGGUUUAUUUUGGUCCAUAAUGAUUUUUCUUUUUUCUUUUUUAAUAUUCAAGGGAAAGGAUAAGGAAGGGAGGCUCCUCCUCCAUUUAAGUCAAUAAUCGAAGACAAUUUCAAAUCGGAGCGUCUGUAAUAGCCGUUCACCAUCCAACGGCUGCGAUAGAGCGGACACCCCCAUAACGUUUAUUUUGAACCCAACGGUCAAAAAAUCAGACAUACCUUACAAAAACUCGUUGUCUUCUCGAGAGAGAAAUCACUCAAGGAAAUCACCAAGUCUGCAAUCCCAUCUUCUUCUUAUUCGGUCGUAGUUCUUGAAGCAAACAAUGAGUGUCCAAUUUCCUGAAGGCCUGGAUUCGUCCAGAGAUCUUCAGGUAUGGAACAACGCCGCGUUCGAUAAUGGCGAAAUUCCGGAGGACCCGCCGGCGAACAAGCAGUCUUGGGGUUCACUGAAGCCGAUUUUCGAGAAUCCGAAUGCGUCCUUCGAUUCCGUCACUGGUAAGGAGAAUCAAGUUCUUGUGAAUCAAAUUCCCUCUCCUAAGUCAUCACUCAUCGCGCCAUUCAAGCCGGUGAACAAGCUUGAUAAAUCAAAUGUUAGGGUUUUGCGCGAGAAAGGGGGGAUUUGCGAAAGUCCUGGGGUGGGGAAGCAACACCGCGAUGAUAAGGUGAUUGAUAAUGAAAUCGAAGAGAUUGAAUCCGAGAUUCUGAGGUUGAAUUUGAGAUUAGAGGCGUUGAAGAUCGAGAAAGCGGAGAGAAGGGGCUGCACCAAAUCUGUGGAGAGAAGGGGAAAAGUUGUGCCUGCAAAGUUCAUGGAACCUAAGAACAGUCCCAAAAUUGAAGAGGAGAAGAGACAACCACAGAUUGAUGAAUUUCCCUCAAGAACAAAGAUUUCGAGAAGGGGCUAUAGUCUAGGGCCUGCUGAAAUUGCAAGAAAGGCCGUUGCGGCGGAGACGUUCGGGCCCCCAAAACUGAGGAAUUUAGGGAGGCCAGAAAUGAACACACCUCUGUCAAGUAGGAGAAAGUCUUGCUUCUGGAAGAUGCAAGAUAUUGCUGAGGAUAAGGUUGCCGUGACUAAAGCCAGGGGACAGAGUUCUAGCGUGAGCCCCAAAUCAAGAAAAGUGGCGGCGAAGUCGCAGGUGGUUCCACGGCAGGCGGUGACCACAAUUGCAUCAAGAAAGACAGUCAAGAAAGAGGACAGUAUUGUGAACGCAAUCCAGCCCAAGAAAUUGUUCAAGGAGGGGGAGAAGUCGGCGCCAGGGACUAAUAAGAAGGGUGGGAUGAGGACAGGGAGGAUUGUAGCGAGCAGAUACAAUCAGGGAUCGGCAUUGAGGAAGAGAUCCUUGCCUGAGGAGAAUGAUAAGGAUGAUGGAAAGAGGUGUGACAAGAAAAGGUCUUUGUCUGCUGGGAAAUCCCGGGUGAAGAAGAGGUGGGAAAUCCCGAACGAGAUCAUAGUUCAUGGCAGUGUAGUUGAGACAGUGGCGUUGAAAUCCACUCCGGAGCCGGUCAUUGGUGUUCCUAGCUUGCUUCCGAGGAUUAGGAUUGCACGUUGCACAAAUGACAGUCCGCGGGACUCUGGUCCAGCUAAGAAGGUUGCUGAAUUGAGCAGGAGGAAAUCCUUUUUCAGCAAUGAUGAGGAUGAUGAAGAAGAGGACGAGGAAGGGAAUCCGUCGAUAUUUCAGACGCUCGAUUAUCCGGAAGAAGAUGAUGAUGAUUAUGAUGAGAGGUAAUCAUUAUGUUACAUGAAAGCUCGUUAUAUUUUAAAAGUAACACUACUUAAGCUGCUCCUGAUGCCGAUGAUGGAUGAUAUACAGAAUAAAUGAAUGGUCUGCGUUGUGCUGGUUGUGUAAGUGUUUUUAGGAUUUUGCAAAGCAUGCUUGUGCUUGCUUUUAUUUGGGUUCUUGAAACUUGUCUUUUUUUGUCAAUCUGAUGAAUACAUACUAUCGUGUGGUGUUAUAAUAGUAAUUGAAUUUGUCCA